AUGGAGGUUCAUAAUAGAAGAAAGAGAGAUGUCUUACAACCUUUGCCAUUACUCAACUGUGAUAAUUAUCAAAUAUCACGUAAAAGGAAAGCAAGCCACCCUCCUAAAAAGAACAAAAUUUCUGGUGGUGCUCGUCGAGCAAAACAUGAUAAACAGAUGACAGUACCAGCUACUAUCGAGAACGUUGAGAACAUGCUAUGCUCUGAUAAAGUACCGGACUCAUACUGGCAGACUGUUGCUCAGGAAACGAAGACAGCCCUAUCCAAAACCUUAGAGGAAAAUGAAGAGCUCCAUAAGCUGACUGACCAGCUGAAGGAAGAAAAUGUUUCCCUAAAGAGUUUAGUAGAAUACUAUUCUUUAAUGUAUCAUACCUGUAUAGCUACGACCUAUCAAACUGCACCAUAA